AUGCCAUUGCAGAAACUUCGCAGAUUUGGUCAUAAGCUGGCACGCAGACGUACACUGGAGCCAGGCAUGGCUGAGACUCGCCUUGCCAGGUGCCUGAGCACUCUGGAUUUAGUGGCCCUGGGUGUGGGCAGCACAUUGGGUGCAGGCGUGUAUGUCCUGGCUGGGGAGAUGGCCAAAGAUAAAGCAGGACCAUCCAUUGUGAUCUGCUUUUUGGUGGCCGCUCUAUCUUCUGUGUUGGCCGGGCUGUGCUAUGCAGAGUUUGGUGCCCGGGUUCCCCGAUCUGGUUCAGCAUAUCUCUACAGCUAUGUCACUGUGGGUGAACUCUGGGCCUUCACCACUGGCUGGAACCUCAUCCUCUCCUAUGUCAUUGGUACAGCCAGUGUGGCCCGAGCCUGGAGCUCAGCUUUUGACAACCUGAUUGGGAACCACAUCUCUCAGGCUCUGCAGGGGAGCAUCUCACUGCAUGUUCCCCAUGUCCUCGCAGAAUAUCCAGAUUUCUUUGCUUUGGGCCGUGUGUUGUUGCUCACUGGAUUGCUGGCUUUGGGGGCUAGUGAGUCGGCCUUGGUUACCAAAGUGUUCACAGUGGUGAACCUUUUGGUUCUCGGUUUUGUCAUCAUCUCUGGCUUCAUUACGGGGAAUGUACACAACUGGAAGCUCACAGAAAAGAACUACAAACUGACCAUGGACAGACUCAAUGAUACUCAUAGGUUGGGCCCUCUGGGCUCUGGAGGAUUUGGGCCUUUUGGCAUCGAGGGGAUUCUCUGUGGAGCAGCUACCUGUUUCUAUGCAUUUGUUGGUUUCGACUGUAUUGCUACCACUGGGGAAGAGGCCCAGAAUCCCCAGCGUUCCAUCCCCAUGGGCAUUGUGAUUUCACUGUUGAUCUGCUUUUUGGCCUAUUUUGGUGUCUCUUCGGCACUCACGCUAAUGAUGCCUUACUAUCAGCUUCACUCUGAGAGUCCCUUGCCUGAGGCAUUUCUCCAUGUUGGAUGGGCCCCUGCCCGCUAUGUUGUGGCUAUUGGAUCCCUCUGUGCUCUUUCUACCAGCCUCUUGGGCUCUAUGUUCCCCAUGCCUCGGGUGAUCUACGCAAUGGUGGAGGAUGGAUUGGUCUUCCGUGUCCUUGCCCGGAUCCACAGUGGCACACGCACCCCCAUCAUAGCCACUGUGGUUUCUGGCAUUAUUGCAGCAUUAAUGGCAUUCCUCUUUGAACUUGCUGAUCUUGUGGACCUCAUGUCAAUUGGGACCCUGCUUGCUUACUCCCUGGUGUCUAUUUGUGUUCUCAUCCUCAGAUAUCAGCCUGGCCAGGAGAUGAGGACUGAGGAAGAUGAACUGGCAUUGCAGGAGGAGACUAUGCCUGAAAUAGAAAAGCUGACCUUACAGAAAUGACUCUGAACCUGGC